AAAUCUUCUUCACGAGGUAAAAAUAAAGAACAUUUCUGAAAACCAAAAUAAAACCCCACGUUAUCACACCACUCCUCCAUCAUUAAAUACCCCCAUCCGAUCCACCACACAGUGAAGGAAAAGAAGAAGACAUGGAGGGCGGUGAAAGGAUGGCAGCAGUCGGAGGAGAGGAGGUGAAGCUAUUGGGGGGGUGGGCGAGCCCAUAUGUGAUGAGGCCGAGGAUCGCCCUGAACUUGAAAGGCGUGGAGUAUGAGUUCUUGGAGGAAUCGUUUGGGGUGAAAAGCGAGCUGCUGCUCAAAUCCAACCCGGUGUACAAGAAAAUACCGGUGCUGAUCCACGCCGGCAAGCCUAUUUGUGAGUCCAUGAUCAUCGUCCAGUACAUUGACGAGGCCUGGGCUGCCAAGGGCUCCGCCAUCCUCCCCUCCGAUCCCUACGACCGCGCCCUUCACCGCUUCUGGGCAGUCUACAUUGAUGAUAAGUGGUUCCCUUCACUGUCAGGAAUCUUACGGGCACAAACAGAGGAGUCUAAGGCAGAACCAGUGGAGCAGGUUUUUGCUGGGCUGAAACUUUUGGAAGAGGCUUUUGAGAAGUGCAGCAAAGGGAAGGGCUUCUUUGGUGGUGACAGCAUUAGGUACCUCGACAUUGCCCUUGGCUGUUUCUUGGGGUGGCUCAAGGCGAUAGAGAAAAUGACUGGCAUCAAGUUUCUCGAUGAAGGGAAGACGCCUCUCUUGGUUGGAUGGAUGGAGAGAUUCUGUGCCAACGAUGCUGUGAAAGGGGUGAUGCCAGAGACAGACAAGCUGGUGGAGUUUGCCAAGGUGCUUCAGGCUAAGUUUAAGGCUGCUCCUGCAAAGUGAAGUCUACUUUGGCAGCUUAGUUGAUGAUAUCUUUAGUAAUGGGAAACAUUACCUAGUAUAAGUUCUACUAGUGGUAAUAAGAAGAAAUAGUAAAAUAUGAUGAAAUGGUUGAAAGUUGUCUGUUGGUGAUUGCAGAUUUUGCUAUUUAAUUAUAUCUUAUAUGUUGUGUUUCUAAGUUUCUUGACG